AUGGAUAUCAUAAUGAUGCUCCGGGUGUGUAAAAUGUUCCGCCAAGGCCUCAGGGGAUUCCGCGAGUAUCAAAUCAUUGAACCUGUUUACAGAAGAAACCCUAUCUUCUCCUUCUGGGAUAAAAGGAAGCAAGGCCGAAUUACGUUUGAUACCAUGGACUUCAUUGCAGAGAAGGGUCACUUCCCUCCAGAAGCCAUUAAGAUCGUGCAGAAGCAACCUUCCUGGAGGGAGGAACACGAGAUCCAAGUCCUGUGCAACAUCCUGCAGUCUCUGGACAGCUUUCGAACCUACUCAGAGUCUCUGCAGGUGCUCCUGGCCAAGGUCAUGCGCUUUGAACGGGGCAUGGAUCUAUUUCAGUCAUGGUCUGAUGAGAGGCUCCAGCAGCUGGUAACCCUGGGCAAGAUAGAGAAAUUCUCAUAUGGGCAGCUGAUCACAAAAGACUUGGGCAGCUGUGAAGUGCUGCGGCUGAUAGACCUUGGGAGCUCCCCUUACUAUUACAAGUGGGUCUGGCAGCAUCUGGAGCUGAUAGAUGACAAACCUCUGAGCGCUCAUGUCAACGAACCAGAUCCUAUGGUGAGAUUUCAGGAAUUCCAGAUCAAAUCAUAUCCUGUACAGGACUUCAGCUCUCUAAAACUUCUGCGUCUCCAGGAAGCCAGGAAGCAACAAGGGAUAAGCUUCAGUGAACCAACAAAACCCUCAGAAAAUAGUCUCCCCAGGAUGCUGGGCCCAAAGAUCAAAUCCAAGUGUACCCAUUCAAUCAAGUGUUCCAUGCUCAAAACCAAGUUUGAUGAGCUCCCCAAGGAGGCAGCAGUGGGGGCCUACAUGAAAAUCCACACUGUGGAGCAAGCAGAAAUUGUGGGCUUUCACCAGGCCUUCCUCCCAGAGAACCAACGUGACACGUGGCCCUUUAUUCUAGUGAGCCUGGGAGCUGAGUUGAUCGAGUUAAGGAGAGAAAAAUUUCUUGAAUUGAUUGAUGAUGAGACAAGAAAAAAAUUGACAACAAUGCAUGUUGAAUACCCCAGCGAUGAAGAAAUGUGCCAGAGGUUCCUUAAGAAGAACAGCUGGAAUAUCUUUCGGAAGGACCUGGUUCGGCUGUUGGUAGAACCUCGCCAAGAGGCCCCGUUCGUCCCAGUCCAGCCACAGAAGAAAAGGAUCUACAACCCUAAAUCUUUGGUCCUGGAUCUGUAUAGCAUCAACAAGAAGGUUAAACCACGUUAUCCCAUUUUUAUGGCACCCCAGAAAUACCUCCCCCCAUUUAGGAUUGUCCAAGCCAUCUCAGCACCCCAGCACAAGAUCCAGUAACUCCUGCCUAAGUAUAAGAAUGUGGGGUUCCUUCUUUAGAACCAAUAAAGGAUAUUGGAUUGUCAAAAAAAAAAA